GUGUAGCUAUAGCAUACGUUUUAAACCCCGUUGCCGGCGUUGAAAGCCAACCCAUAGUCACUGCUGUGGGCUGAAUGCUUGGCUGAAGCUGAAAGGGAUCCUCUCUGAAGCCAAGAUUGUGACAAGCCAACAUGGUACAUCUGACCGUAGAUCUGAUUGCUAAGUCUAGAAAGCACUUCAAAAAGAAAAGGGGCCUCUCCUUCCCAGAGUACCUCAAGACACUCACCCACCUCCACUUUUCUAACAAGAAUAUUGAAGAUAUUGGAGAUCUUUCAAUGUGUACAAACCUCACCGUUCUUUACCUGUAUGAUAAUAACAUCACUUACAUUGGCAACCUCAGCUUUGCCUCCAACCUCACGCAUCUCUAUAUGCAGAACAACAGCAUAACCCAUAUAGAUAAUCUGCACAAUCUGCAGAACCUCUCUAAACUGUAUCUCGGGGGAAACAGAAUUGCUGUGGUGGAGGGCUUAGAGCAGCUCCAUCAGCUCAAAGAGCUUCAUGUGGAGAAUCAAAGACUGACACCGGGGGAAAAGUUGCUCUUUGACCCCAGGACUCUCGACUCCCUCGCUGAAUCUCUGUGUGUCCUGAAUAUUAAUAACAACAACAUCGAUGAUAUCAGAGACCUGGCGGUGCUGAAGGAGCUCCAGCAUUUUUCUGCUGCAGACAAUAAGCUGUGCAGUAUUGAGGAGCUAGAAGAUGUGUUCAGCCACUGGCCUCAGCUGUUUCUAAUGGAUUUGAGUGGAAAUCCUGUGUGUAAAAAACCAAAGUACAGAGACCACCUGAUAACCGUGUGCACAAGCCUCGAGGCUCUUGAUGGAAGGGAGAUUAAUGACUUAACCAGAGAGUUUCUUAUUAACUGGAAAGCAUCCAGGGAGGCCAAGAAGAAAAAAAAUAAUAAGCAUGAUGUCUGGAGCACUCAUCCCUUAUUCUCUAACAAGGCAGAAAAAUUCCAGUUUCUGUAAAUGGACUUGAUCUUUUGGCUGUCUCAUCAGCCGUCUGCAGUCGUGUGGUUGUUUUAAGACAAACCUACAAGUGCACCAAAAUCUUCACCCACGACUAACCGUGCUUGUGCCUUGUUUAUCCAUCUUGAAUAUUAUAGCUGCAAAAUUGCAGGCAACUCAGAGUCACUGCAGCUUCCUUCACCUAUGGCAUGUUUUUACAGCAUAUUCUAAAGUGAUUUCAUUAUAUUGAAAUAAUAAGUAAC